CAGUUAUCUGCGCACUGAAUCCAGACGUCGAAAUUUCCGCACCGUGUGCAUGCACUUUGAGGUAAGUGUCGUGUUUUUACCUUUGAUUGUACGUACUUGGACCAUAGUCCAUCAGGGCGUUGUAUUGGUGAUAAUCUUGUUUGUCAGACUUGUCACUUGCAAUCCGUCGUUACAUGUAUUCAUCACGAUUACAUUAUCGAUAAUCAUAUGGGACACUAUUGAGAAUCAAUCCUUGGUACUUGCUCCGUCAAUAUGUCAUAUCGGCUUUGAUCGCGCAGCACUGAAAUCGCCAUGCCCAGAGCUUGGAAGCAGUGCACCGAUAGGAACUGGUGCCGGUCACAGCUCGAAUUGAUCAGGCUUCUGUUCCAACGAGUACAAUACACCGCCAAAGUUAUACGUCAUAGCCCCAUGAUCUUGUUGCUUCUUUACUCAUCACACGAAGCCAGACAAGAAUGGGUUUGGCCAGGCUUGUCGCAGACUUGUCGAGAUAUAUUUUGAUUCCGGUUUACCCCGCUCAUCACGUGUGGUGAUCGACUCCAUCUCCAGACCUGCCUAUCUGAGCACUACACUUGGAUUUUUUGUUUGC